AUGCGCUGGACGUCGUUGGUGCUGAUCCUCCUUGCGGUCGUCGAGCGCGCGCUCGGUGGCUGCGCGUACGCAGACUUGCAGUUGCCGGCAAAUGCGUUCAUUUUGGUUGCCGAUGCUUCGUGCACCAGCACGCUGCCUGUCUGCGCCGUUCGACCCAACUGCAAGGUCUUCGACUCGUUCACGUCUGACGGCGACAGCUACUACGUGCAUUUUGACGCGAUCGGCGACCUCAGCGGCUACACGCAACCCAACCUCUCGGUCGCCAACUCGUCGUUUCUCACGCUUGCCAAGAUCAAGGUGCCACCGACGCUCACGAGCCUGUACGUUCCGGUAUCGGAUUAUUCUUGCACCCGUCUCACGUGA